CUAUUUCUACCAAAGUCGGACAGUUUUGAACAAGGCAUGGGAUCUUGCUGGAAAGAAAGAUAUUAAUGCUCGUGAGGAACUUUUACCAACAGAGGAUGAGAAAUUCAUUUCACUCUGGAGCAGUGACAAAGCCUUUAGGAAUGACUAUGAGAAAAGAAUUUUACCAUCAUUGGAUACUCGGCAAUUGAGUAGGGAUGGACGGAUGAGAAACCGAGAUGAAAAGCCACUGCUAGAAGAACCAAAACCCGCUGAAACUGAAACAUUACCAAAAAGCAGUGUAAAACAGCCAAAGGAGGAGUCUAAACCAUCUCCACAAGAAGCUCUGCCCACUCAGAAGGUUCAGAAAGAAACCAAAAACAAAGGAAGAGACUUGAAAUCUGAUCUGGGUAAUAAGGAUUUAGAAGAUGCUGAUGAAUAUGAAUUUGAACAGCCGCGAAAGGAAACUCCUACCAAAGAGCCUGCAAUUGAUCCAGCAAAGUUGAAAGAGAUGAAAAGACAAGAGGAAAUCGAAAAAGCAAAGCAGGCCUUGGAAAGGAAGAGGAAGUUAGCUGAGAAAGCUGCAGCCAAAGCAGCUAUCAGAGCACAAAAGGAAGCUGAGAAGAAGCUUAAGGAACGAGAGAAGAAAGCAAAGAAGGCUGCUGCUGUUCCCAAUCCUGAGGAACCAGCAAAUGAAGUGGCGGGGGAAGCUACCGAACAGGAAAAGCUUAAUGAUACCAUCGAAGCCUCGGCUCUGGUGGUGAAGGACAAGGUCAUAAAGAAGAGCAGCACUAGGUCCAGGAAUCGAACCAAAGGCCCUGACUCGAUUCCGAAAGCUAUUCUUAAGAAGAAAAGGUCUAACAAUUACUGGGUUUGGGUUGCAUCCUGUGCUCUGUUAGUUCUGAUCUUGUUGGUGCUUGGAUACAUCUAUCUUCUCUGAAAAGCUUAGAUCUAGAAGUAGCUGGAAACCAAUUUUAUGUGGGAGUGGCUAGGUUUGCCAGAGUAAGUUUUUAUUUUUUAUGUUCUAUACAUCUUCUUGGGAGAAUGGAUCAAACAUACCAUGCAUGCUUAGCUCUUUUUGUGGUGAGAAGUUGCACAUUUAGUCUUACUGUAUUUGCAAAUUUUGUUAAGAUUUCAUGUUGCCGGAAGCUUGGAUUUGGUGUUUCUUUUUUAUUAUUUAUUUAUAGUUAAUUGGUCAGGGAAUGACACUGAUAUACUAAACUUUGUUGUUGACAUUUCUCUAU